UUACUGUUGUUUCUUUCAGUUGCAAAGAUAGGCGCAGGUAAUCGCGCUUACCUCAUGUCAAAGUCCCCAGCAAUUCUACUUCUGAAACGAAAAGUGCCUGAUAUUUUGACGGAAAUACCUUUGAGAGCGAUCGAAAUAGACUAUAAAGGAGAUGAAGUAUUGACUCUGCAGGAAGAAUGCUUUAUGCCGGGUUGGCACUUCUUCUAUAAAGGGGAUGUAAUAUACCCGGUCAAUAAGUUCUUGCUUCAGAGGAACGUUAGGGUCCAGUUCAUGAAUAUUGUGAAGAAGAGCCUGUGGUGUGAAGCCUUGACUAUAAAGUUUCAGAAAGCUCUGAGUAAUUUGGGAUUCUUGGGUUUGUUUGACAAAUCCGCAUGUGUCUGCGUCAGGGAUCCUGACCGCAUAGCUCAGCCGUGUCAUGGCAUGUACGGAGCUCCGCUGGUGUGCCGCGGCAAAGCGGUAGGGAUGUUGAUGGCGCCAGAUGCACAGUGGUCCAACUGCACGGGAUUCAGUAAUCUUAUUCACAUAUUUUCGAGCAACGCCCUCAAAGAGUUCAUGACUUGCGUCAGCAACUUAUUUGAUCCGGAAGAGAAGUUGAACUGGGCGACUAUGAAGAAGAAGUUGUAUGACGACAUUAGACCGGAUACCUACGACUAUGUACCCGAAAUAUACGACAGAAUCACGAGCUCCAGUGCGUCCUCAUCACAAUUGCAGCAGCAAUAG